UUGGUCCAGGGCCUGUGCUACAGGGAUCCCGUUGCGCGCAUGCUCACCGCCCUCCUCCAGGACGUGCACCUGCUUGGAGAAUCCGCCUUUCGACCCAGCAUCCCACCGGAGCAGAGCAUCGCGCACCCAGCCAUGACGGCACACUCCUUUGCCCUCCCAGUCAUCAUCUUCACCACGUUCUGGGGCCUCAUCGGCAUCGCUGGGCCCUGGUUCGUGCCCAAAGGACCCAACCGCGGAGUGAUCAUCACCAUGCUGGUAGCCACUGCUGUCUGCUGUUACCUCUUCUGGCUCAUUGCCAUCUUGGCCCAGCUGAACCCCCUGUUUGGGCCACAACUGAAGAAUGAGACCAUUUGGUACGUGCGCUUCCUGUGGGAGUGACCACCGAGAGUGACCAGCUGGCUUCUGUCCCCAGGUGCCCUGCUGUGGAUGGCCCAGCGUUGAUGUCUCUGGAGACCCUGCAUUCCCAUUGAUCCCACCAAUCUGUGGAUCCUGUGUUCUCUGUGCUAGCCCUGUGGGAUCCACACCCCCCAAGAGCCAGCCUUUUUUCAGCCUCCCAGCCAUGAGGGAGCCUCCAUUUGGGAAAGCCCUGCGCUCAAUCAGGCCACAGCAGGUCCAACCUGUGCUUAAAUCCCACCCCCACCCCCCAACUUGGCAGUUUUCUCUCUCUUCCAGGCAGAUCCUAGCUAAGGGUCUGGAGAUGCUGUGGGCGUCUGUUUUCGUCCUGAGAGCAGAAGCCAGGACUCAGCCCAGUGCACUGUAUUUUGGGUCAAAAUGGAAACCUCCAUGUUUAGUCUUUUGUAUCAGUGAAGACACUCAGCAUGGGAGAGGGAUGGCGUGUCCUUGGAAUGUUCUAGUCACUUUCCUCUCCCUCUGUAGAUACGUUCACCCACUCUCCAGAACCUGUCAGCUGGAGUGCAGCCAUCCCUACCAGGAGGUUGCACCCUUCACUGGGUUGUGGUGGGGCAGAUCCGAGAGCAUUGAAGAGAUUUGGAGUUGGGACUGGGGGACAGACAAAGGUAAUGUUUGUGGGUUUCUACUGACACUAUGCCUCCCUGGCUUCUAAGACCCUCUGUCCCCAAGUUAAUGUGGUCUGUGUCAGCACGAUGAAAGACAGAGAUGCAGACCACAGGAUGUCAGCCUAGGGGACUCCUCCGGCCCAUGCCCUCAACCCCUCUGACAGUUUGAGUAUGGAUUUCAUAUUCUUGGUUGAGUUGCCAGAGCCUAGCUGGGACAGAGCCUUGUACAACCCCUGGUUCCCAGCCAGUGACUGAGUUCCCAGGGGAAUAAAAACCAGCCUUGAUUAUUUAUUGACUAUUUAUUUGGUCUUCCUCCCCCCUGUAGGGGUCAUUUUGGGAGUGGCAGUAGAAUACACUGUAGCUCAGAUUCCUGGAUACUGGGCCUGCUGGUUGCCCAAAGCUUAGGUUGGGGCCUCCAUGGGCAAUGUCUCCCUUCCUGCCAUAAUCCCUGAAGCCUUCUUGUGGGUCGGGGCCCGGUGAGCAUGACUUGUGUUGAAAGCUGACUCCUGUCUAAUAAAUAAUGGUGAUGCAA